UGAGCGGAAGCGUGCGUGAUUGUUCAAGGCCGCGCGGGAUGAUGUCCUUGCGACAGGCUUGCCUGCGAUAGAUUUCGGUGUGGAUAGAAUAACGCUCGAGAAAUCGGUUGAUGCUGCUGAUUUUGCGCUGCUCCUUGUUGAAAUCUCAGCAGCUUUGCGAGCUUACGGUGAUGGAUUCCAGUGUGGAUAAGGUGAUGCCCGAGAACACCUGUUGAUGCAGCUACUUCUGAGUUGACAUUUCUAGAAAUCAAGCCAGCUUGGCAGUGAUGGAUUCCGGUGUGGAUAAGGUGGUGCCCGAGAAAGCCAGUCGCGGAACCAUUUUCACGUGCAAUCUGUGCAAGCUCGAAGCUCGCUUCGACUACCUGGGUCGACGACCGCCAUUCGCUCCUCAUAUCGCGUUCCUCGAGGACGGCUAUAUCUGCCGGGAUCCGUUCGGGUCCUCGUCGUCCUCCCAGCGGCCGCUUUUCCUCGGAUCCGCGUGCUCCCUCUGCCACGCCACCGUCUGCUGCUCCCUUUCCUGCAGCUUCUUCUUCGCCAAGAGGUUCUGCCUUCCCUGUGCUCGGCAGAACGUGGCUGCCUUUUGUCCCGAGGCUCAGGCGGAGCUCCUCAAGGCUCUUGGCGCCAAACCUUGACCAGUUCAGGAGCUUUUUGAGAAGCUAUGCUUGAGGUUCGUUCGGGUCCUCCUCGUCCUCCCAGCGGCUGCUCUUCCUUGGAUCCGCGUGCUUCCUCUGCCACGCCACCGUCUGCUGUUCCCCUUCCUGCAACUUCUUCUUCGCUCAGAAAUUCUGCCUUCCCUGCCCCCAAUGCAACCUGCCCGCCUUCUGUCCCGAGGCUCAGGCGGAGCUCCUCAAAGCUCUUGGCAGCACCAAUGCAUGACCAGAUAGGCCACCGUCUGCUGCGUCCCUUCCUGCAGCUCCUUCUUCGCCAGGAGCUUCUGCCAGCCCUGUGCCCGCGGUAACAUGCCAACCUUUUGAUUCGAGGCUCAGGUGGAGCGUCUGAGAGGCCGCUGAGAGGCUGCUUCUGAAAGCUCUUAAAGCCAAAGCAUGACCUGGCUUGAGAGGCCGCUGAGAGGCCCCUGUCUGCUGCUCGCCUUUUCGCACCACCUCCUUCUUCUGCUUCUUCUCCGCCAAGCGCUUCUGCCUUCUGCCCCGAGGUUCAGGCAGAGGUGCUGAAAGCUCUCAGGGGAGUGAGUGGGUCUUUGAAGCUGUCCCCGUCUUUUGAGGCGCCUCAAAGAUGCUGAAAGCUCUCAGGGGAGUGAGUGGGUCCUCGAAGCUGACCCCGUCUGCCACGCUGCUGUGCGCUGCUCUCCCCCGCCUGCAGCUGCUUCUUCGCCCAGCGCUUCUGCCUGCCCUGCUCUCGGCACGACAUGUCCGCCAUCUGUUUUUGAGGCGCCUCAAAAAUAGACUUUCUGCGCUCGGCACGACAUGUGCCAUCUGUUUUUGAGGCGCCUCAAAAAUAGACUCCCUGCGCUCGGCACGACAUGUCCGCCAUCUGUCCUGAGGUUUGGGCGGAGACUGCUCCUCCCCCGCCUGCAGCUUCUUUCUUCCAUGCGCACCCUUUGCCUAGAGGCUCAGGCGGAGCUUCUCAAAGCUCUCAGGUCGGGGCCGUACCUGGCUGAUGGACGAGGAGAAUGCUAGCUCCCGCCAGGGUUGCUUCGUCUGCGACUGACUGCCAUGCCUCCUCUGCCAUGCCAUGCCACCUUCCUUGCGCUCAAUCGCACAAGUUCUCUCGGGGCCGUACCUUUCUGAUGGACGAGGCGAAAGCUAGCUCCGGCCAGGUUUGCUUCGUCUGCGACUGCCAUGCCAUGCCUCCUUGUCAGUCAAUUGCUUCCGCCUUGGCUUCUGCCUUCCUUCUGCCUCCGCCUUCUUUCCCUUCCUUCCGCCUUCCUUCCGUAUCUGUGCGCUGACACAGACAGAGCUGCUGAAGACUCCAAGCGCCAAACCUGGCUGAUAGAGCAGACAGUGCUUGGUGCAAGUCGAUCUGUUUGCUUUGCACCAUAAGGCAUACACUCCAUGUUAUUGUCAUGUUAUGAGAUGUGUUGGAAAUAUCUCAAGGACUUAAGCGUUUCUGAAGUGUAACACUGUACUCGAGGA